GGCACCUGAGCUACUUGAGGCGACGGAGGCGGCGGCCUCGAGCGAGCUGACUGGCCUGUGUGGUACGAGCGCCGCCGCGUCUUCCCGGCUUCCUUUUUUUUUUUCUUAAAAAUUUUUAAUGUUUUUCCUCCUCGGGCUGCGCAGGGUUUUAUAGUUUAAUGUUAAGAAAGCACCAUGGAGUUUUACGAGUCAACAUAUUUUAUUGUCCUUAUUCCUUCAGUGGUUAUUACAGUAAUUUUCCUCUUCUUCUGGCUUUUCAUGAAAGAAACAUUAUAUGAUGAAGUUCUUGCAAAACAAAAAAGAGAACAAAAACUUAUUCCUACAAAAACAGAUAAAAAGAAGGCAGAAAAGAAAAAGAAUAAAAAGAAAGAAAUCCAGAAUGGGAACCUCCAUGAAUCAGAUUCUGAGAAUGUGCCUCAAGACUUUAAAUUAUCUGAUGCUUUGGCCAUAGAAGAUGAGCAAGUUGUACCUGUUCCACUGAAUGAGAUUGAAACUUCAAGUAGUAUUAGAGAAAGAAAGAAGAAGGAAAAGAAACAGAAGCCUUUAUUUGAAGAGCAGGCCAUCAAAGAGAGUGAUAUAUUAAAGGUUCCUGCCAAAAAAGUAGAACCUGUCCCAGUUACAAAACAGCCCACCCCACCCUCUUCUGAAGCAGCUGCCUCAAAGAAGAAACCAGGGCAGAAGAAGUCUAAAAAUGGAACUGAUGACCAGGAUAAAAAAGUGGAAACUCUCAUUGUACCUUCAAAAAAGCAAGAAGUAUUACCCUUUCAUCAAGAGACUAAGCAAGAAGGUAGCUCAGGAAAGAAGAAAGUUUCAUCAAAGAAGCAGAAGGCAGAAAAUGUCUUGGUAGAUGAACCCCUUAUUCAUGCCUCUACUUAUAUUCCUUUAAUGGAUAAUGCUAACUCAAAUCUUGUGAUGGAUAAGAGAGAAAUUAUUGAUCUGAUUAAACCCGACCAAAUAGAAGGGAUGCAGAAAUCUGGGGCCAAAAAACUGAAGAUUGAAACUGACAAAGAAAAUGCUGAAGUGAAAUUUAAAGAUUUCCUUCUGUCCUUGAAGACAAUGUUGUUUUCUGAAGAGGAGGCUCUUUGUGUUGUAGACCUGCUGAAGGAGAAGUCUGGCGUGAUACAAGAUGCUUUGAAAAAGUCGAGUAAAGGAGAGUUGACUGCACUUCUGCAUCAGCUUCAGGAAAAGGAGCGGUUGCUGACUGCUGUCAAGGAAGAUGCUGCUGCUACAAAGGAGCGCUGUAAGCUUUUAACCCAGGAGAUGCUGGCAGAGAAAGAACGAAGCAGUGUAGUUAUAGCAAGGAUGAAAGAUCGGAUUGGAACAUUAGAAAAGGAACACAAUGUGUUUCAGAACAAAAUGCAUGUCAGUUAUCAAGAGACCCAACAGAUGCAGAUGAAGUUCCAGCAGGUUCGGGAGCAGAUGGAAGCAGAGAUAGCUCACUUGAAGCAGGAAAAUGGUAUUCUGAGAGAUGCUGUCAGCAACACUACAAACCAGCUGGAAAGCAAGCAGUCUGCAGAAUUAAAUAAACUACGCCAGGAUUAUGGUAGGUUGGUGAGUGAGCUGAACGAGAAAACAGGAAAGUUCCAGCAAGAGGAAGUCCAGAAGAAGAAUGCUGAGCAAGCAGUUUCACAGCUGAAGGUCCAGCUUCAAGAAGCUGAGAGGAGGUGGGAAGAAGUUCAGAGUUACAUCCGGAAGAGAACAGCAGAACAUGAAGCUGCACAGCAAGAUUUACAAAGUAAAUUUGUGGCUAAAGAAAAUGAAGUACAGAACCUGCACAGCAAGCUUACAGACACCCUGGUGUCAAAGCAGCAGCUGGAGCAGAGACUGAUGCAGUUCAUGGAGUCGGAGCAAAAGAGGGCCAGCAAAGAAGAGUCUCUACAGAUGCAGCUUCAGGAUAUUUUGGAACAGAAUGAGGCUUUGAAAGCUCAAGUUCAACAAUUCCAUUCCCAGAUAGCAGCUCAGACCUCCGCUUCAGUUCUAGCAGAAGAAUUACAUAAAGUGAUUGCAGAAAAGGACAAGCAGAUAAAACAGACUGAAGAUUCUUUAGCAAAUGAACAUGAUCACUUAACAAGUAAAGAGGAGGAACUUAAGGAUAUACAGAAUAUGAAUUUCUUAUUAAAAGCUGAAGUACAGAAAUUGCAGGCCCUGGCAAAUGAGCAGGCUGCUGCAGCACAUGAAAUGGAGAAGAUACAAAAAAGUGUUCAUGUUAAGGAUGAUAAAAUAAGGUUGCUUGAAGAGCAGCUGCAAUGUGAAAUUUCUAAUAAAAUGGAAGAAUUUAAGAUUCUGAAUGACCAAAACAAAGCAUUAAAGUUAGAAGUUCAGAAGCUACAGACGCUUGUUUCUGAACAGCCUGAUAAAGAUGUUAUGGAACAAAUGGAAAAAUGGAUUCAAGAAAAGGAUGAAAAGUUAAAGACUGUAGAAGAAUUACUUGAAACUGGACUUAUUCAGGUGGCCACUAAAGAGGAGGAACUGAAUGCCAUAAGAACAGAAAACUCAGCCUUGACAAAAGAAAUUCAAGACUUGAAAGCCAAGCAAAAUGAUCAGGUUUCUUUUGCAUCUCUAGUUGAAGAACUUAGGAGAGUGAUCCAUGAGAAAGAUGGAAAGAUUAAGUCUGUGGAAGAACUUCUAGAAGUUGAACUUCUCAAAGUUGCUAAUAAGGAGAAAACUGUUCAGUUAUCUGCUUCUUCUCAAGUUCAGGAGCUUCAGAACUUAUUAAAAGGAAAGGAGGAACAGAUGAAUACUAUGAAGGCUGGUUUAGAAAUGAAGGAGAAAGACCUAGCUGAUAAAGAGAAAUGGAUACAGGAUCUUCGAGAAGAAAAUGAAUCUUUAAAGGCACAUGUUCAAGAAGUAGCACAACAUAACUUGCAAGAGGCAUGUUCUACAGCACGAUUUGAAGAACUUGAAAUCGUGCUGAAAGAAAAAGAAAAUGAAAUGAAGAGAAUAGAAGGUGUGCUAAGAGAGAAAGAGAGUGAUCUUUCUAGCCAAACCAAGCUACUACAGGAAGUACAAGAUGAAAAUAAAUUGAUUAAAUUCCAAAUUGAGCAACUUAAGCAGAACUACCAACAGGACUCAUCUUUCCCCACUCAUGAGGAGUUACUAACAGUAAUUUCAGAAAGAGAGAAAGAAAUAACUGGCCUCCAGAAUGAGUUAGAUUCUUUGAAGGAUGCUGUUGAGCACCAGAGGAAGAAAAACAAUGACCUUCGGGAGAAAAACUGGGAAGCAAUGGAAGCAUUGGCAUCAACUGAAAAAAUGCUGCAGGACAAAGUGAACAAGACUGCUAAGGAAAGACAACAGCAUGUGGAAACUGUUGAACGGGAGGCUAAAAACGUCCUCAAAGGAUUGUUUCCGGGGGUAUCUGUCCCUUCUAAUUUGAGUUACAGUGAAUGGUUGCUUAGAUUUGAAAAGAAGGCAAAAGAAAGUACCGCUGGAAUUUCAGAUUCAGAGGAGGUUAAGGUCCUAGAGCACAAGUUGAAAGAAGCUGAUGAAAUGUACACACUGCUACAGCUAGAGUGUGAAAAAUACAAAUCUGUCCUUGCAGAAACAGAAGGGAUUUUACAGAAGUUGCAGAGAAGUGUGGAGCAAGAAGAAAAUAAAUGGAAAAUUAAGGUUGAUGAGACACAAAAGACUAUUAAACAGAUGCAGUCCUCCCUUACAUCUUCAGAACAAGAGCUAGAGCGAUUAAGAAGAGAAAAUCAGGAUACUGAAAAUUUGAGAAGAGAACGAGAGCAUCUGGAAAUGGAACUAGAGAAGGCAGAAAUUGAACGAUCUACUUAUGUAACAGAAGUCAGAGAGCUGAAAGAUCUGUUGACUGAGUUGCAGAAAAAACUUGAUGAUUCAUAUUCUGAAGCAGUAAGACAGAAUGAAGAGCUUAACGUGUUGAAGACAGAGUUAAAUGAGACACUCAAAAAACUUAAAAGUGAACAAAGUGAAAGACAGAAGGUAGCUGGUGAUUUGUGUAAGGCGCAACAGUCACUGGAACUUAUUCAGUCAAAAAUUUUAGUAAAAGCUACUGGAGACACUACUGUAAUUGAGAAUAGUGAUGUUUCCCCAGAAAUGGAGUCUUCUGAGAAGGAGACAAUGUCAGUAAGUCUCAAUCAGACCUUAACACAAUUACAACAGUUGCUUCAGAACGUAAACCAACAACUCACAAAGGAGAAGUAACACUACCAGAUUUUGGAAUGAAGUAAUGGGAAACUGUUCAUUUGAGGAUAACAGAAAGCAUUGUAUUAUAUUUUGCCAAAUUAAAGCCUUAUUUAUGUUUUCACCCUUUCUACUUUGUCAGAAACACUGAACAGAGUUUUGUCUUUUCUAAUCCUUGUUAGACUACUGAUUUAAAGAGAAAAAAAAAAUUUAAAAAAAGCCAACUCUGUAGACACCUUCAGAGUUUAGUUUUAUAAUAAAACUCUUUGAAUAAUUAGACCUUUACAUUCCUGAAGAUAAAAUUAAUGUAAUCUUUUACCUUAUUUUGCUCAAUGAAAUUGUUCAGAAGAUCAAAGUGGUAAAGUCAACAUGAAAUUUAACAUUUUAAUACUGAUGUUGUACACUGUUUUACUUAACAUUUGGGAAGUCACUGCCUCUGACAUCAACUCAAGAAAACACUUUUUUGUUGCUAAUGUAAUCAGUUUUUUUAAUGGCAGUCAGCAAAUAAAGGGAUGCUUAUUAUUCAAA